UAUCCAGCAGCCAUACCACGCAAUCAAUUGCUCCUCUUCAAUGGUACUACGCCAAAGACACCGUUCAAGAAGCCGACACUGCGUCAGAUGUUUUUGCCUUAUUGCAAGGACUACUGUCAAAUUGCCUCUGUGCAUGGCUUUCGCUAUCUGACUGACCCGAAAAGUCAAUACUUUGAACGCAUCAUUUGGCUACUGCUGCUCAUAGGCACCACCUGCGGUUGCCUUUACGUUUAUAGUGAUUUGGCUGACUUGUAUUCCUCGCAGCGCGUACACACCAUUGUCGAAGACUCAUUGUCGCCCAUCUUCACCAAACCGUUCCCGGCAAUUGGCAUAUGCCCACGCAAUCGCAUCAAUUGGCCAAAACUCAUGGAAUCACACGAACGAUUCCUUUCGCCAAAUGCCAGCGAGGAGGCUGUGCAAACAUUUCAAAAUUUUUUUUCCAUUUUGAAUGAUUUUAGCUUUGGUCAAUUCUUCGGUUUACGUUGGAUAAACGAUUUGCAUUUGAAUCUGUCACUGUUGGAUGAUGUGGAGAUAAAGGACGUCAUGCAGCAUGUGAGCUUCACAUGUGAUGAGUUGUUCGUGCAGCCGUGUCGUUGGCGGCAAAUCGCCUACAAUUGUUGUGAUCUCUUUUCAAUGGAACGCACAGAAUAUGGAUAUUGUUUGGUAUUCAAUUCGUUACUCACCAAAGAGAAUCAAGAGAAACAGCGCAAUGAUCAUUUUUAUCCAUAUCACAACUCAAAAACGGCGGAAUUAACUGGUCUGGAUAUCGUUGUAAGACUUGAUGAAAGCAAGGUGGCACCAUAUCGCCGAAGCAGAAAUGGAGUUUAUGUUAUGGUCAAGCAGCCAGAACAAUGGCAUGGUAGAACACGCUUGAUAAACCCUAAUACAUAUACAAAAUUGCCAAUUGUAGCCCAGUUCACAUCCACUGACGAGAGGACUCGUGCUGUUCAGCCAGAAGAGCGCAGAUGUCUCUUUGAAUUUCAAUAUCACAGACGGCAUGCAGUAUGUGCACCUGGACGUACACUACACCUCUUCGUACAUGAUGCGCUAUAGCACUCAACUACGCUACAGUUUUGUUGAGCUGCUGGCUAACUUUGGCGGCGUCAUCGGUCUCUUCUUGGGCGCUUCGUUGAUUAGUGGCGUUGAGCUGCUCUAUUAUUUCACCAUUGGACUUUAUAUUUAUUUGCGUGAAAAAGGGUUUAUUUCAAAUGUUUUCGAUUCCUCUUAUCGAAGCACAGCGAAAGUUGUGAGUUUAAAUCAUAGAAAUUUGCCGAGGAGACGUAAACGA